ACUUAAUGAACUGGGAUGGGCGGGUGAAAUUAAUUGGACAGUGUGGAACCACUCGCCAUCCAUGCUGUUGCAAAAACAGUAACUGUUUUCGAGGUCCAAGCGCCGCUAUUCCCUCCCUAAACUCGCAAUGCUUGUGUGUGACAGAAAAAGCAUGCUUUUGAGUGAAUGCGUACAUAAUACCCAUUUCUUUAUAAUUCUUUCUCACUCACCCACCCUCUCUUCCCCUGUUAUUUCUUUGUUGUCUAAACACACAUUUUCCGAGUCUCCCUCACGCAAACACACACAAAUAUAAAUAAUAAUAACCAUAAUAGUAAUGCCGAAUGGUGGUCGAGUCGAUGCCAUUGGCGAUGAUUUCACCGACCUCGACAGCAUUCUUGAACAGGAUGGCCGUUACACGCCUGGUUCCAAUCUCCACUACAAUAAUAGCAAUAACAUCAACAGUAGCAAUGGCAACAAUCAUGGAUAUCGAAUCAGUUUCCAAAGUGUAGACGAUGACGAAUUGCAUCGCCUUAUGCGUGCACUAGUCACUCCAGUGCCUCAUCGUUAUUCGUCCGGGUCUCCUUGCAGCACCGAAAAUAUCGAUUGGCGUCUUAAGCGACAUGAUGACACGGCUUCUCAGGCCAGUGAUUCUUCGUCCAGUCGUAACCCAAACAACAAUAGAAGUGAAAGCGUUAUGUUGUUUAAGAAAAUAAACGAUGGUGAUGAGGAUGUAUCAUUCGACUUGGUGGCAAGUGACCUUAACGAUUUUAUCGAUCCAGUCAUGCUGGAAGGUAUCAUGUCGCGGCCUGCAAGUCGCGCGCCUCGAUCUACUACUCCUGGCCAACAGCAACUACGACAACAACCUCCACUAACACCGACUAUUCCGGAAAGGUAAAACAAAACUUGAUAUUGUAAGCAAAAAGUUACAACUUAGCCGAUAUAAACAUAUUAGGAAGAUUAGACAAGACAGUAAAAGGCAGCAGCAAAAACAAC